UUUUGACCCAAGCUAUUUUACCAGCGGCAGACUUACUAAGGCCAGUGACACUUAUGCUUUUGGGGUAAUUUUAUUGGAGGUGUUGAGUGGGAGACCAGCGGUUGAGCAAAGGCUUGGUGAGGAUGAGUUGUGUAUGAGAAUGUGGGCUCUGGAUAAAAUUCAAAAUGGAAAAGCUGAGCAGAUUGUAGCUUCGAAUUUGAAGGGAGAUAUCUCAGAAGAUUGCCUCAAGACAUUUGUUGGGGUUGCUAAAAGAUGUUUGCAUCGUCAACCAAAGAAACGACUCACAAUGACCGGAGCUGUAGCCCAGCUUGAGUUAGCCCUUGAACAACAGGAGAGGAAAGGGAUGACAACACAUAAAUCACAACUUUGGCCAUUUUGGAAUAGAGUUAUACCAUCUGCAUCAACACAAAAGGAUGAGAUCAAUGAGGUUGAAGAUGAGAUGCAGCCAAUUGCUCCCCCUUCCUUACGAGUGAAUCAUACUGUUAAUAUGGUGCCAAUUUAUGUCCCUUCCAUUCCAUUAGCUGAAAUAAUGGACAUUACAGAUGAUUUUAGCCGGAAUUCUUUCAUUUCUAAUGGAUACCGAGGAAGAGGAAGUGUAUUCCAUGGGGUCCUGAAAAGUGGACAGGGUGCAGCAAUUAAAAGGUUCUAUCUGUUGCGAGAACAUGAAUUAAUAGCACAGAUCUCAACAGUAUCUAGGCUGAAGCAUGAGAACGUGGUGAAACUAGUUGGUUACUGUUUGGAUACUGGUCUGAAGGUGUUGGUGUAUGAGUUUGCUCCACGAGGCUCCCUGCAUGAUAUUCUUCAUGGACGACGACAAGGCAUGAAAGGCUUAGAGUUGGAGUCAUGUCCGGCUUUAUCAUGGUCCCAACGAAUCAAAAUCGCGGUUGGAGUUGCAAGGGGAUUAUCCUACAUUCAUGAGAAUGCACUGAUUCAUCAUAAGAUCAGAUCCAACAAGGUUUUACUUUUUGCUGAUGAAACUGCUAAGAUAACUGAUCUUUAUCUAUCAACUCAAUGCUCCUAUUGCCGCACCGUGCCAUUUAUGGAAGAUCGUCAUCCUAGUGUCCUCUCUAUUGGUUAUGAGCACCCAGAACAGAGUAAACACACUCAGAAAAGUGAUGUUUACUGCUUUGGUGUGAUUCUGCUUGAGCUCUUGACAGGUUGUAAACCAGUUGAUGUUGAUCACACACAACGAGCAAGGCGGAGGCACAUUGUGCCAUGGGCAAAACCACAGCUCUUUCCAGAAAAGAUACACAAUAUUGUCGAUGCUAGACUCAAAUCAGACUACCCACCCAAUGCAGUUGAAAGGAUGGCUGCAGUUGCUGCAUUGUGCCUUCAAGAUGAACCUGAUUUUCGUCCAGACAUGAGUAUUGUUGUACGAACUCUCCAAUCCAUCCCCGUGGAACCAAACCACAAUUAAUAUUUUGAGGGAACGCUUAUUUUGCAUGAUUGACUAUUUUUAUCUUUAAAAGUAAGAUCCCAAUUUUUGAAUGGAAUAUAAAUGAAGGGCCUUGGGUUGGGAAUAUCCAAAAUUUCAAUUCAUCUAAGAAAAUUGCUUAUUUGA